CACUUGUGUCCCCAUCUCCCAAAGGACCCAAACAUCGUACUUGCCCGCGCUCCUCCUCCACCCUCCUCCUCUCACAGCAGACAAACAAUCCCCUCCGUCCAACUCCUUUACCGCUUCUUGUCCGAGGGUUUAAGAAUCAAAGUCAGAGUCAAAUAAUUCUGUCAUAGCUAUUUAUUAAGAUAAAGGUUCGCGACUCUGACGAUUUGUUUGCAUUUUGCUCUUAGCAUAAGCAAAAGCGGAUUUUCAGAAUUUUUUGUCAACCAAGUGCUCGACAAAAUGCCUGUUAGAAGUGGAACCUCUUGUUUUGAUUAUGAAUUUUGUUUUCCAUUCACAUAACUGUGAUCUACUUAUGCAUGAGAUCAUGAUUUCUGAACUGACGGCUUAUGAGAUUCUUAUGCUUAAAGAACUGUGGGAGUUAACAAUUCUGUGAUCAUGUUGAGACGAUAUUAUUGAAGUUGAACGCCAUACUAAUCUUUUAAUUUCUGUACCAGAAGGGAGGAGGGCAAUAGGUUCGUGGUUAUGGCUGCAAUUAAGUCUCGAACAAGUAGCUUCUCACGCAAUGUUUCUACUGUUUCAAAGACUAAUGUUCCUGGACUUAAGCAUGGGCCCAAUGGCACAACUUUCCUUUCAUCUGGCAUUGCAGACCUUGACAAGAUCUUAGGAGGUGGCUUUUCGUUGGGAAGUUUAGUUAUGAUAAUGGAAGACCCGGAAGCACCCCAUCAUAUGCUUUUGUUGAGGAAUUUCAUGUCUCAAGGGCUGGUGCACAAACAACCUCUUCUUUAUGCUAGUCCAGCUAAGGAGCCUAGAGGUUUCCUUGGAACUUUGCCGAAUCCAGUGACCUCUAGAGAUGAGAAAUCUCGCGAACGUGAUGCAGAACAGGAGAAGAAUUUGAGAAUUGCCUGGCAGUACAAGAAGUAUUUUGGUGAGCAAAAUCAAGAAAGCCAGAAAGAUGAAAAAGCCGCAGAAUACUGCAAUGACUUUGACCUGAGGAAACCCUUGGACAGACAAACACUUAGUGGACAGAACAUCAGCUGUGUGAGCCUUCAAGAAUCUUCUGAUCUUGCUACUCUUCAUGACCAUUGCUCGAAACUUUUGGCUCAGUUUCCGAGACACGAAGGUGAAAUCAUUUCUGCUGGACGUAUAUCCAUUCAGUCACUUUGUGCUCCACAGUGUGACUAUUCUGACAAGGAGUGGCAUCUGCUUCGCUUCAUCAGGUCAUUGAAAAGCUUAUUGAGGUAUUCAAAUGCUGUUGCAGUGGUGACCUUUCCCCCCUCCCUUCUUUCACCAACUGUGCUGAAGAGAUGGCAGCACUUGGCUGACACUCUGCUUUCUGUCAAAGCAGUUCCAGAUGAGGACAAGGAGCUAGCAAAGCUUCUCACUGGCUACCAGGACAUGCUUGGUCUUCUCAAUGUCCAUAAAGUUGCACGUUUUAACACACAGGUUCCUGUUAUUUUGGAGGCAACCACAUAUUCAAUGAAACUUCACAAGCGGAGAUCAUUAGUAUUAGAAUGUCUAAAUCGAGCCCCAGUAGACGGCUCAAGUGGCAGUUCUUAUGGUACUUCUAGUAGUUGUUCUGCAUCAUCCAAAACAGGUGCCCUCGACUUCUAGCCGACUUUGAUGAGCACCAUAUUUUUAGCUCAAUUAGUUUUGAUGCAUGACCCGAGUAUAUUGUGUAGUGUGUACCUCUAGCAAGUUCUAGGCAAAUUUGGUAUAUCACUUGCCUUUCUAUGCAUUCAUGAGCUGUAGAAAGAGGCAAUAGCCGAAGAAAUCGAGAGGAAGUUUGAGGGUGGAAAAUGUAUUUAAGUUGUCUGUAAAUCACACUUUUAUUAGAAUUAUCAGUUGCGGACUUACUGACCAUCUGCCUCUCUUACCUGGUGGCCGGUAGAAGCAACAUCCACCAGUACCGGGGAAAAGAAAAACCAAAAGAUUUUUGAGACCCAUUUGCAACCAACCUAGUUCUCACAUUCAUCUCACCAAAUGUUUUGUUUUUGUUUUGUGUGUGAUUCUGUUUCUAUUUUUUUUAUAUAUAUAUACUAACUGUUUCAUCUUUCAAAUCUUUAUUGCAAAUGUAUUGUAAUAAUCUUUCAGAAAGUAUGUCUAACCAUUUUUUGGAAAAAUAUUCUGCAUUUUGUACCAUUUCAAAACCUAAUU